GGAGCCUAGCGGCUCUCCCCGCGUCCAAGAUGGCGGCAGAAGCAGCUGGUGGGAAAUACAGAAGCACAGUCAGCAAAAGCAAAGACCCCUCGGGGCUGCUCAUCUCUGUGAUCAGCAGCACUCACUGAGAAAGGCGUCUUGUUUCCUGGACUUUGGGAUGUAAGGCCUUGGAGUCCGGAGACUCCUGUGAUGAGUUGCAGAUUGUGUUUUCACACUCUGGAUACUUUCAACCACCUGUGCGUGGCCACAGCCACAAAUACAAGAAUCUGCAGUGAGCUGGACUCUGUCUACUAGUGACGAUGUCGAAGACAGGGAAAAUGAGAAGGGUCGCCUUGAAGAAGCCUACGAAAAAUGUGACCGUGACCUGGAUGAAUUGAUUGUGCAGCACUACACAGAAUUGACGACAGCCAUUCGCACAUACCAGAGCAUCACAGAGCGCAUCACUAACUCCCGAAAUAAAAUAAAGCAGGCUCUGCAGCUCAAAGGAACGUAUUGGAAAGCGUUGAGGGGAGCCUCUCAGAAUUUCAGACCUUAGAAUGGCAACUGAAAAAACCCGGGGAAAGAAAGCACAGGCAAUACAAGUUUGAAGGUAAAAGAGAACCUGCUUUCAUGCAAGAUGCUGCUGCACUGCAAACGGGAUGAGCUUCGGAAACUAUGGAUUGAAGGAAUUGAGCAUAAGCAUGUCCUGAACUUGCUGGAUGAAAUUGAGAAUAUCAAGCAAGUGCCUCAAAAACUGGAACAGUGCAUGGCCAGCAAGCACUAUCUCAGUGCCACUGACAUGCUGGUGUCAGCAGUUGAGUCUUUGGAGGGCCCCUUGCUCCAGGUGGAAGGACUGAGUGACCUUCGACUAGAGCUUCACAGCAAGAAGAUGAACCUCCAUUUGGUUCUCAUAGAUGAACUACACCGGCACCUGUACAUCAAAUCGACUAGCCGAGUUGUGCAGCGUAACAAGGAAAAGGGGAAAAUGAGCUCCCUUGUGAAAGAUGCUUCUGUUCCUCUGAUUGAUGUUACAAACCUCCCUACUCCUCGAAAAUUCCUUGAUACCUCUCAGUAUUCUACUGCUGGAAGCUCAAGUGUGAGGGAGAUAAACCUGCAGGACAUCAAGGAAGAUUUAGAAUUGGAUCCAGAGGAAAACAGCACCCUUUUUAUGGGUAUCCUCAUUAAGGGUCUGGCCAAACUGAAGAAGAUCCCAGAGACAGUUAAGGCAAUCAUAGAGCGCUUGGAGCAGGAGCUGAAGCAAAUUGUGAAGAGGUCUACAACCCAAGUGGCGGACAGUGGCUAUCAGCGGGGGGAGAGCCUUACUGUGGAGAACCAACCAAGGUUGCUUCUAGAACUGCUGGAGUUACUGUUUGACAAGUUUAAUGCUGUAGCCACUGCACACUCUGUUGUCCUGGGAUACCUGCAGGACACUGUAGUGACUCCACUGACUCAGCAGGAAGAUAUCAAACUGUAUGACAUGGCAGAUGUAUGGGUGAAGAUCCAAGAUGUUCUACAGAUGCUGUUAACUGAGUACUUGGAUAUGAAAAAUACUCGUACGGCUUCUGAACCAUCAGCUCAACUAAGCUAUGCCAGCACUGGACGAGAGUUUGCAGCCUUUUUUGCCAAGAAGAAACCUCAAAGGCCAAAAAAUUCUCUUUUCAAGUUCGAAUCGUCCUCCCAUGCCAUCAGUAUGAGCGCCUAUCUGCGAGAACAGAGAAGGGAACUCUAUAGUCGGAGUGGAGAACUGCAAGGGGGUCCUGAUGACAACUUAAUUGAAGGUGGAGGAACAAAAUUUGUCUGCAAACCUGGAGCCAGAAACAUUACCGUCAUAUUCCACCCAUUACUAAGAUUUAUUCAGGAGAUUGAGCAUGCCCUGGGUCUUGGCCCAGCCAAACAGUGUCCUCUUCGAGAGUUUCUCACCGUGUACAUCAAAAACAUCUUUCUCAAUCAAGUCUUGGCUGAGAUCAACAAGGAGAUUGAAGGAGUCACUAAAACAUCUGACCCUUUGAAGAUUCUGGCUAAUGCAGACACCAUGAAGGUGCUGGGAGUGCAGCGGCCUCUCCUACAGAGCACAAUCAUUGUGGAGAAGACAGUGCAAGACCUCCUGAACCUGAUGCAUGACUUGAGUGCAUAUUCAGAUCAAUUCCUCAACAUGGUGUGCGUGAAGCUCCAGGAGUACAAGGACACCUGCACUGCAGCUUACAGGGGUAUUGUCCAGUCAGAAGAAAAACUUGUUAUCAGUGCAUCCUGGGCAAAAGAUGAUGAUAUCAGCAGACUCUUGAAAUCUCUACCAAACUGGAUGAAUAUGGCUCAACCCAAACAGCUGAGGCCAAAAAGAGAGGAGGAAGAAGAUUUCAUAAGGGCAGCUUUUGGCAAGGAGUCUGAAGUUCUUAUUGGAAACCUGGGUGAUAAAUUAAUCCCUCCACAAGACAUCCUUCGAGACGUCAGUGACCUCAAAGCCUUGGCCAACAUGCAUGAAAGCCUGGAAUGGUUGGCAAGUCGAACAAAGUCAGCUUUCUCCAAUCUUUCUACAUCCCAGAUGCUUUCUCCUGCUCAAGACAGCCACACGAACACGGAUCUCCCCCCAGUGUCAGAGCAGAUCAUGCAGACUCUCAGUGAACUUGCCAAAUCGUUCCAGGAUAUGGCUGACCGCUGCUUGCUGGUCUUACAUCUGGAAGUGAGGGUUCACUGUUUCCACUAUCUCAUCCCUCUUGCAAAGGAGGGGAACUAUGCCAUUGUGGCUAAUGUGGAAAGUAUGGAUUAUGACCCCCUGGUGGUCAAGCUCAACAAAGAUAUCAGCGCCAUUGAAGAGGCCAUGAGUGCCAGCCUUCAGCAGCACAAGUUCCAGUAUAUCUUUGAAGGCCUGGGCCACCUGAUCUCCUGCAUCCUCAUUAAUGGUGCCCAGUACUUCAGGCGCAUCAGUGAGUCUGGCAUCAAGAAAAUGUGUAGGAACAUUUUUGUUCUUCAGCAGAAUUUGACCAACAUCACCAUGUCACGGGAGGCAGACCUGGACUUCGCAAGGCAGUACUACGAGAUGCUUUACAACACAGCUGACGAGCUCCUGAACCUGGUGGUGGACCAGGGUGUGAAGUACACGGAGCUGGAGUACAUCCAUGCCCUGACCCUGCUGCACCGCAGCCAGACAGGGGUGGGGGAACUGACCACCCAGAACAUGAGGCUGCAGCGGCUCAAAGAGAUCAUCUGCGAGCAGGCUGCCAUCAAGCAAGCCACCAAGGACAAGAAGAUAACUACCGUUUAGCAGAGCCUACUUCGGUUGGUAGCUGGGGUCCCCUCAGUCACACUCACUUUUUCCCUUGGUAUGUUAUUGGUAUAUUCUGAGCUUAGUUUUCUCUACACUGUUGCUUUAGUGGAGAGGAGGUAUAAGGAUUUUUUCUCUCUAGUUUGACUUUUCAUAUAAAUGCUAAAGGAAGGCAACAGUACUGACUGUUUUGGUUGAACAACUACUUUAAUGCAGUCAAGUCUAACGGGACUAGGGUGGGAUAGGGAGGAAGGUGGUAUCAAAUUGCUGGACUCUGAAAAACGAGUGGAUGGAUUACUAAUAUUUCAUUUAUUACUCUCUCUCUAUAUAUAUAUAUAUAAAAUUCCAGCCUUGGAAAGUAGACUGCUACCUAAGUUUUGGUCCCUUCCUAAAACCAUUGAGUAGGGUUCUAUUACAUAAACAGUAGGAUUUUUUCCUCUCCUGACCUUAUCCAUUUACAGUUCAAUGAAAUAAGUGUCUGUGCAUUGCUGUCUGUCUCUAUUGGCAAAGUCAAAUAAAUGGCUUCUCAGCUGCUGUUUACAACAAACUUCCCUAACAAAACAGAACCUCUAAUUUAGGGCUGGGAAUCGAAGUCUUUUGGUUCCAGUCCCUGGGACAGUUUUGUAUGCUAUAUCUUGUACACAGGUUGUAGGUUGGUUUAUUGCCAUUUUGUUUUAUUUCUGCUAUAUAAAAACCAAGAGCCAUACAAUUAGACAAAUAUGGAGGAAUGAAAGGCAAUUCAACCAUCUGCUUGAUUUCCAACCCCCGCCCCCGCCCGCCGCCCUAAUUUUGGAGAGAAUAAUGGUUAGAGAACAUUUCAUCUCACUUGAAACAUCCUUUGGGAGUAAAUUAUUCUUAGGUGCUCACUUGGUCUGAGCUCAGCUGAAUGCAGGGAAGAUGGGACAGAGUAACAUUUCUCCUCUGUGUGGCCUCCAGCUGGGCCUGUCCCUGGAUUGUCCUCUCCCCCGCAUUGUGGGCAUUUACCGUGUUCCUGGCACACUGGACCUCACCAUGUCCCCAGUCCUCUUGCUGGACAUGGUUCAUAGGUCACAGAAGGCAGCAAAGCACUGACUGGGCCACAUCUUGAAAACUCGUGGAAAGAGGAGGAGGAGGGACUUUGACCACACACAGUGAUGCCUCACACCCUGAAGGUGGGGGAUUUUAUACCUGUUUGUACAACUUUGGUCUUGAUGGGAAAUGGAAUAUUAAAAAGUGUUUUGAGAAGCUUAAA